AUGUGUCAGCAAAGAUUCUAUAUAAAGAUAGGUACUAUACAAAUUCCAGAUAAUGGUCAAUUAUCAGUUAAAGAAAGCAAAUCGAGAUAUUUUCUCAUAAAUGAAACUCGCCUUAUUGCUUUACACGCUAAUCAAUAUAAGCACCUGUCUGCUUGUAAUCAGUCUCAACUGUGCAUGUCUACCAUUAACGGUUCUGAGUUGUCUAAACCAAUGGUUCCAUCUGUAAUAGCCAUCUUUGGAGCAAACCAAGCAUUAGCAGAAGCACUUGCUUAUGAAUACUCAAGAAACAAUUCUUCCUUGAUUCUGGUCGGAUACAGACAAGAAUAUUCUGCCUAUCACUUUGGAAUCAAUCAACUCGAUCGAAUCGCACAAAAAUGUCACGCUCUUGGUAGUCCAUCAGUCAUGACACAAAUAGUCGACAUUACUGACAAGGAAGCCGUAUCAGACUUCUUCAAAUCCAAACUGUCCCAGUGGUCUGUCGAUUUGGUCAUUCUUGAUGUCGUGGAUGGCUCUUACUUAAGUGCUGAUUUACUACACCGUCAAAAGGUGUUGCCAACCAAGAUAAUGUAUGACGCGUUGUGUGUCGUAAACCUGAUGUUUUCAAGUGUUAAAGAACAUGGCAAGGGUGCCCAGAUAUCAGACUUUGUCAGCUAUGUUGGAUCUCUUCAUUGCUGUGAUGUAUAUUCGACAAUCAUGGCAAACUACGCGUGUGACAUACGAACUAUUGGAAAAAUCCAUGAUUUUCAUUUCAAUGCCAUCUUGGCCGGGGAUAUAUCAGGCAAUACUCCAUUGUGGACACCUUUAUUAAGUUGGUUUUAUCCAACUCUGGAGGCAUUCUCUACAAAAGUGAAGGUUGGAAUUGAAUGCGAUAAUCCAAUCAUUGCCGUCCCUAGCAGUCAAUAUGCCCUUUUAUUUAUAUUUUCAUGUCUACCUCUUUACGUCAGACAGCUAUUGAGCAAAGCUCUGUAUAGGACAUUGAUACAAGUGGCAUCAAUGCAUUAG